UCAUCCAAUGCGACUCGUGCUUCUUUUGAUUGAUGUAUAUUUUACGCCAUGUGCUUCUUUUGAUUGAUAUACUCAUGUACUUCAUUUGAUUAUAUUCUACUUUUUGCAUGUUUCAGGGAAAAUUAUGGAUGUGAUGUUGUUUGCUUCACUGCUGAUGUUGGUCAAGGUAUUAAAGAAAUGGAUGGCUUGGAAACAAAGGCCAAAGCUAGUGGGGCAAGUCAAUUGGUCGUAAAGGAUUUGAAGGAGGAAUUUGUGAGAGAUUACAUAUUUCCUUGUUUGCGAGCUGGUGCCAUCUAUGAGAGGAAGUAUUUGCUCGGGACUUCAAUGGCUCGUCCUGUUAUUGCUAAGGCCAUGGUUGAUGUUGCUAAGGAAGUUGGAGCAGAUGCAGUUUCUCAUGGAUGCACGGGAAAGGGAAAUGAUCAGGUACGCUUUGAGCUGACUUUCUUUGCUUUGAAUCCUGAACUCAAUGUUGUGGCUCCAUGGAGGGAGUGGGAAAUUAAGGGCCGAGAAGAUGCCAUUGAAUAUGCAAAGAAACACAAUGUCCCUGUUCCAGUGACAAAGAAAUCUAUUUACAGCAGAGAUCGGAAUCUGUGGCACCUUAGCCAUGAGGGAGACAUUUUGGAAGAUCCAGCAAACGAGCCCAGCAAGGAUAUGUACAUGAUGACUGCCGACCCAGAAGAUGCUCCAGAUAUCCCAGAAUAUGUAGAAAUUGGAAUACUUUCAGGCCUCCCCAUUUCUGUCAAUGGGAAGGAGCUUUCUCCAGCAUCGCUCCUCUCCGAGCUCAAUGAAAUCGGAGGAAGACAUGGAAUUGGCCGUAUUGACAUGGUCGAGAACCGGCUUGUCGGAAUGAAAAGCCGUGGAGUCUAUGAGACUCCUGGUGGAACCAUCCUCUUCACUGCAGCCCGCGAACUCGAGUCUCUGACGCUCGACAGAGAGACCAUGCAAGUCAAAGACUCACUUGCACUAAAAUAUGCCGAGCUGGUUUAUGCAGGUCGGUGGUUUGAUCCUCUCCGUCAGUCCAUGGACGCAUUCAUGGAGAAAAUCACUGAGACCACAACAGGAACCGUGACUCUUAAGCUGUACAAGGGGUCAGUCACUGUGGUCGGCCGGAUGAGCCCCUAUAGUUUGUAUAGGCAAGACAUCUCAUCGUUCGAGAGCGGGCAGAUUUAUGACCAGGCAGAUGCUGCUGGAUUUAUACGGCUUUAUGGGCUUCCGACAAGAGUGCGUGCUAUGCUUGAGAAGGGAAUUUAAGUGAGCAAAAGGAGUGGUAGGCAUUUUAAUCCCAUUUUAGGUAGGCAUUGGUGAGGAUGUCUGUUGAUUAUGGCCCAGUAGCUGUUUUUGGUUUUUCUGAAGGGUAGCCUGCUAGAGUGUCUCAGAAAUUUUUUAGACAGUAAUAAUAGUAGAGAUAAUUGAAAUUUAUGCUCCUUUUAUUAGGAAUUAUGUGAUUUUAUGACUCAAAAGGAUAUUUAAAAGUA